UCACAACAGAGUUCACAGAACCGACUGCUCAUCAAAGGCGGACGCGUUGUGAACGACGACCACAUCUUCGACGCCGAUGUCUAUAUUGAAGAGGGAAUCAUCAGACAAAUUGGUCCGCAUCUGACAGUUCCCGGGGGUGUGAAGACAAUUGACGCGAAGGGUCAUUAUGUGAUUCCCGGAGGCAUUGAUCCGCACACUCACAUGCAGUUUCCAUUCAUGGGCACCCGAGCCAUCGAUGACUUCUAUACGGGAACAAAGGCAGCGCUCGCCGGCGGUACCACUCUUAUCAUGGAUUUCGCCAUUCCUGAGGCUAAUAAUCCCAGUCUUUUGGAUACGUACAAGAAAUGGCGCGUUUGGGCCGAUGAACGGGUUUGUUGUGAUUACAGCCUUCACGUGGCGGUCACCGACUGGAAAGCCGGUCAGACGGACGCAGAAAUGACUGCUUUGGUGAAGGAGAGUGGAGUGAAUUCAUUCAAAUGCUUCAUGGCUUACAAGAACUCAUUGAUGAUAAACGACUCGCAAAUGAUUCAAGUGUUCGACACGUGCAGAGACAUCGGCGCCUUGGCUCAGGUCCACGCAGAGAAUGGCGAUAUCAUCGAAGCCAACACCAAGCGUCUACUUAAUCUCGGAAUCACUGGCCCUGAAGGACACCUUCAAAGUCGUCCCGAAGAAGUGGAGGCCGAGGCCACCAAUCGUGCUAUCGUUUUGGCCAAUGAAGUCAAUUGUCCGCUAUAUGUGGUGCAUGUGAUGAGCAAAAUGGCAGCCGAUGUGAUCGCGAGCGCACGGAUGAGAGGCUCCAUUGUUUAUGGCGAGGCUUUGGCCGCAGGAAUUGGAACCGAUGGCAGCCAUCACUUCAACAGAUGCUGGAGACACGCGGCCGCACAUGUCAUGGCGCCGCCCCUCAGAGCCGAUAGAACCACUUCCGAGCAUUUACUGGAUCUGUUGAGUUCGGGUCAGUUGCAGACCACAGGUUCUGAUCACUGCGUCUUUAAUGCUGAACAGAAGGCAUUGGGAUCUAAAGACUUCUCGAAAAUCCCGAACGGAGUGAAUGGAGUCGAAGAGCGUCUAAUGGUUUUGUGGGAGAAGGGCGUCCGCACCGGUAAACUGGAUGCCUCUCAGUUCGUGGCCCUCACCAGUACUAACGCCGCGAAGAUCUUCAAUCUGUAUCCACGAAAGGGCAGAAUAGCUGUCGGUUCCGACGCCGAUGUUGUCGUUUGGGGAAAGAAACCCAAAGUUAUUAAAGCGGAAACACAUCACUCGAGCGUUGACUUCAAUAUAUUCGAAGGAAUGUCCGUUUCGUUCGGUCCUCUCGUUGUCAUAAGCAAUGGGAGAGUGGUUUUGGAUGAGGACGGCCUACGAGUGAGCCAAGGAAGCGGACGAUUCGUUCCCUGUCCUCCAUUUGCGGCUCACGUCUACAAUAACAUCAAAGAGAGGGACAGAAUCGGACCCAUUUGUGUAGACAGGAGUGGCGUCGACCCUAAGAAGGCCGUCGCUAAUGAGGCAACUAAUGGAGUGGCGAAAGCAGCUGUGGCUCCGGUAUUGCCCAUCGGUGUGGCCUCCGAACCCAUUAUCAUCGCUUCUCACGUUUCUGGAGAUGAAACUCAAUCGCAAUCCGACAGUUCCGGCGGUUUCUUUCGAGCGCCCACAAGAAGUGGAGUUCGAAACCUUCAGGACUCGUCCUUCCAGUUGUCCGGCGCUCAGAUCGAUGACGACAAACAGGGAAAGACAGCGAUUCGCGUCCACAACCCUCCCGGGGGUCGUUCGAGUGGUAUCUGGUAGACAGCGAUCAGCACUUCCAGCGCACGGCAACUCCCACUCAAUUGCAUCUAUAAUUAAGUGCUUCUUAUCUUUUAGUCUUUACAUUACAUUCCUUUUCACGGAUUUUAUUUGUUUACCGUAAGAAUUGUACGCGAAUUAUAAGUUUGUCACAAAAGUUUAAUAAAUCAAAAUUUUUC